CGACAGUGGUCCAUAUGGGGGUUCCUGUCCCAAAACAUCUCCCGCUUGCUGGGAGACGGAUGGAUCUGUUCUGAGCCAUGUACUGCAUCUGUAUAUUGCCGUUGAUGACUAUUCUUGUUUUGCCUGCAUGCUGUUCUCUGGCCGUGACGACAGUGGUCCAUAUGGGGGUUCCUGUCCCCAAACAUCUCCCGCUUGCUGGGAGACGGAUGGAUCUGUUCUGAGCCAUGUACUGCAUCUGUAGAUUGCCGUUGAUGACAAUCUCUGUUUUGCCUGCAUGCUGUUCUCUGGCCGUGACGACAGUGGUCCAUAUGGGGGUUCCUGUCCCCAAACAUCUCCCGCUUGCUGGGAGACGGAUGGAUCUGUUCUGAGCCAUGUACUGCAUCUGUAGAUUGCCGUUGAUGACAAUCCCUGUUUUGCCUGCAUGCUGUUCUCUGGCCGUGACGACAGUGGUCCAUAUGGGGGUUCCUGUCCCCAAACAUCUCCCGCUUGCUGGGAGACGGAUGGAUCUGUUCUGAGCCAUGUACUGCAUCUGUAUAUUGCCGUUGAUGUCUAUCCUUCCAUUGCGGCAGGCAUUCUUCCUCCUCAUCUUCCCCCUGCAUUGACGCUGGGCUGUGGAUGGUCAGGUGUUGCCGGCAUUGCAGGGCGGCUGCUCGCUGGGUGUGGCAGUUGCAGGCACAGGCACGGGACUUGUGUGCCGUCGGAGGGCGGGGCCUGGCUGCCAGUUUGCAGCUCUCCGUGGUUAGGUUCUCUCCGCUGCCCUCUGUGUCCUCCGUACCUCCACAUAUCUCUUUCUGGCCUCCACGGCCUUGUUGUAUUUCUUGUUAUUACACGAGUGGAAGGCUUCUGGGCCAAUCUAACAUGUUGGUUAUUUCCUCAAUUCAUCACCUGACAGAACCAUCCACCAUUACUACACUGUACUACGCCAUACGAACUUGCCGCUCUGAUCUGGUCUGUCGUGCAGAUACUAUUGCAUUAUGCGGUUUAGGGUUCUGGGUUCGAUUUCCUAAGAGCAGAUCUUCGACAUUGUCGGGAGUGUAAGUGAUUAGCACGCUGGAUUGGUGGCAUUAGCCGAAGCUCUGCCUGCCUCUGCGGAUGACUGGAUGAUGAAAAAUUAUAGCAGGCAGAUCAAUUGCCUCGCAGAUACUUGUAACCUUU